UUUUUACGCACCAGCAGGCUCAGAGGAGAGAACCAGAGAACGCGUCCUCUCUUCCCCCCCACCCCCCUCUACAUUUAUUUUCGUUUAGCCCCUGCUUAUCCUUUUCCACCCAUUUGGACUAACUAACACUGCCAUUGGAGCUAUAUAUUCGCCGCCCGCAAGCGUUCUGGAAUAAUAGACGUGUUGCGCAACGACGAGAUGACAUUUUUACCUACCGUGAUUGUGCUAAAUGCUACAUUAGAGUGACGACGUGCCGGGCAGCAGCCUACACAUGGAGUCCAGGGUUCCUCACCACAUCCCCGGAGUGUCCUCCUCCAUCAUAGCCCAGCCUUUGCUGGACACCCAAGUGCCCUACGGCCACUUGCAGCACAGCCCCACCAUUUACCCCAUCGAUCAGAUCAAGUCCUCUCACAUGGAGAACGACUACAUCGACAGCCCCGCCGUCAUCUCCCAACAGCCGCCGAGCCAGAAGGCGGCGAGCAGGCGGCUCAAUUGGGCGGGUCCCAACCACGACGGGCUCCUGGGAGGCAACCACAACAACCAUCACAAUCACCAACACCACCACCAGGGCCGGUGCGAGCCUCACCAUGACACCACCACACAUCCGUGGAUCUCCUUCAGUGGGAGGCCCAGCUCAAUAAGCAGCAGUAGCAGCACAUCGUCUGACCAGAGGCUGCUGGAUCACGCUGCACCUACCCCCACCGUGGACCACCACCCUCGCCUGUACCCCCACCAAGGUCUCGUCAACACAAUCACCACCCGAACUCCGAGUUGCUUGGCAUCCUCGGAGCCCAAAGUCCUUAAUUCCUCUUCUUCUACUUCCUCCUGCAACUCCUCCUCUAAAUCCCUGGACCUCAAGGCUGGGAAACUGCCCACAGGGGGCCAGCAGGGGUUGGCACUGAUCCCGUCCUCUAUGGCUGAGAAGAAGCACCUCCUCCUCUGCGAACACUGCGGGAAGUGCCGAUGCACCGAGUGCACCCUUCCCCGGACCCUGCCUGCCUGCUGGGUCUGCAACCAGGAAUGCCUGUGCUCGGCUCAGAACAUGGUGGACGCAGCGACCUGCAUGUGCCUGGUCAAAGGGAUCUUCUACCACUGCACCGAGGAUGAGGAUGACGAGGGCUCCUGCGCCGACAAGCCGUGCUCAUGCUCGCAGGCCAACUGCUGCGCGCGCUGGUCCUUCAUGGCUGCCCUCUCCAUCUUUCUGCCUUGUCUGGUGUGCUACUUGCCGGCUACAGGCCUGGCCAAACUAGGACAAAAGUGCUACGACAAUGUCAGCAGGCCCGGCUGCCGCUGCAAGAACUUGCAGGGCGUUGUCCCGGCGUGUAAAAACAGCCCUGUGGAAGCAAAAGCAGGAACACUUGAGAAGCAGCAGCAGGGGUCGUGAUACCGGGACAUCCUGUCUCGCGUAGGCCUUGUUUAAAAACAAGAUGGACAGCACCACAGUACUUGUUCAAUCUGUAGGGACCCCUAAACCAAUCCCAUUAAUCUGCUGGAAGAUUCUGAAGCUGACUUGUGUGAAACAAAAGGUACUUAAAUAGCUGCUUGACCUAUGUUUUGAAAGGCUGGAAAAUCUGAGCGUUGGCCGGUAGGAAGUGUCGACAAACUCUUGGGUGAGAUGCUACCGCCCAAGGACCGCAGUUUGGGUGGUUUUGCGAGGACGAACGGAGGCACAUUGUACCCUCAGUUAAUUUUUAUAGCUAACCAUAAACUGACCCACGCGAUAAUACAUAGAGGUUAGACUAUAGAGAUAAAUAUCUACAGUAUCUACCCCUGCCCUGAAAAGCACAGCCCAGUGUCCAUCUUUGAACACCUACAGUUGAAAUAUGCUAUCUUGGUAAUGCUAGUAUUCCAUUUAUCUUCACAGAUUUUCAUUUUAAAAAGUCCCCUUAAUGUUUCGAGAAGCAAAAUUGUCACCGUUUUUCAGAAAGUGAGGCUGAGACCAUCUAACUGAGCUCACGGGGGCUGAUCUUGAAUCAGUUUCAAGGUUACCUGCCAAUGUAUCGUAGACCCAAACCUUCUCAGGGAAUGUCCUCUAAAGACCCAUGAUAUGUGCUGCAUUCGAGACUUCCUGGGAAGUUGGAAAUAUGCUAUUAGGAGCGUAGACCUCAAAGUGCUUUGGGGGGGAAAUCAAGUAGUACCAACCGGAUUAAGUGGAGAACAAGUCGUUAUAACAGAUUGUGUGAUGCCACAUGGUUAGACAGUAUCUGUGAAUUUGAUUUCGAAGUUGGAACUCCUGACUUCGAGAGGCGUUCUGAUGCACUUUUUUUUUUUUUACAAGUUGUAGGUCCGAAAUCUCCUACUUCCCAGUUUUUUUCAAAUGAAGCGUAUGGGUUCCUAAACUAUGAUCUACUUCCUGUUUGCACAAAAGAAGGUGCAAAAGAAAGAAAUGGAGGACAAAAAGGUGAUAGCUAAUAACCAUGAAGUGGAGAAAAACAAUUUCCAGAAAUGCGUUUUCCGCGGGAAGGGGGCGGGGCUGAAGGCAUAGUGAUUGGUUAGAAUUAAACCUGCCACUUGCACAACCCUUUUUUUUUUUUUUAUUAGGUCAAAGCUAACCCCUUAAAGAACACACUAAAGCACACGAUGAACCACCUCAGCUGUUCCGAGGUAUGUGCGCUACUUUUAGCACGGCCCGAGUGUCUUCAUUGUCAUUAGUGCUGCAUAGCAUUCUUUUAAAGCCUUUUUUUGUGGCUUGCAUGGGGAUUUUUUUGUUUUUCAUUUUGCCAAAGGAAGCGAACUUAUGGUAGCAUGUCAUCGCUGUCCGAGGUGAUCACCACAGUGGUAAUGCACAAACGGGGAUGGGAGGAUGACGACACCCGUUUCCCCCCCAAGAAAAUGGGGGCGAGGGGAAGCAUGCUGCCCUACGCGAUCUUUGUACCUCUUUUUUUCACGGUAGACUGCUAAACUCACAAUUGUCUUGUUGCACAAAGCUGAUUACACACUGUCCAUCGAAUGUAUGUGGCAAUAUUGACAAAAUAAAUAUAUAUAUGUUUAGAAAAAGGUGCCAAAAUCAGUGAAGAAGAGUGGCAGUUCAUAGAUGAAAACUCACAGACGAUAUGUUUAGUAAUAGAAGCUAUGCAGGUGAACAAGUUAUUUGCUGUAAAUAGUUUCAUGAUGUUUGUGUUCUUUAGAGAAGACUUAAAUGUCCUUGAAAGGUUGCAUGGUACACUAUAACUUCAACUCAGUACAAAAUACAUAGAGAAUAUAAUAGAUAUAUAUUUUGAGGGUAGGGAAGGAAAAAUAAAAAUAACGUUUUUGAGACUUUGUGCGAGAAGACGCACUUGAAUAAGAAGAAAAAAAUGUGCUCUGCAAUAAAAUAAAAUCAAAAGAAAAAUUGGAAAAACUCCUGCUGUUGAUGGCUCAUUAGCAGACAAAGGCUAAGCUAACUCCCUCGCCUUUGUAGAGUGCACCAAGGGAACACAAUCCACCCAUGUCUGGAUCGAACCAUUUCCUGCUGCUUCCCCCUCUUUUCAGUCUCUUGAUUGACAAAUACAGCUGCUGUGCAUGCAUUUGUGCCACAGCUCAAGGUUGUGUUACUGCCGCCUGUUUUGCCUGCCUUUCCCAAAUUGCGCAUUUUGAAAGUUGCCUCGCUUUUACAUUAGACAUUUGACAUAAAUCCUUAAAAUGCCAAUACUAUUAUUGUGUGUCUGUGUGGAAGGGGUGCGGAGGGCGGGGGUUAUUCUACAUCCCCAAUCACCCUCUCCACCUGUGUCGUUCACUUUAGGCCCAUUGACACUGAUUAUUCCUUUGUAACAGCAAUGUUGGGGGGCGGGGGGGGGGCGAAGAAAUCUGUGCUUUUUUUUUCGGGAUAUAACAGAGGACAAAUGCUCUCAUAUAAAAGGUUUCCCUUUAUAGAUAUAUUUAUUUUGAAGUUCUAUUUUAUAUAGUAUUUAUUUAGAUGCCAACUUUUUGUUUGUGAAGAAAGCUUAUGUUGAAAUGGAAUGUACAUUGACAAUGGAAAUAUAUAUUGUUAAAUACA